AUGAUAGAUACAACCACCGAUAUAUCCAACUUGGAGCAAUUUUCAUUAGUAUUGCGUUUUGUUAAUGAUCAAGGGAUGGUAGAAGAGAGGUUGGUUGCUUUGAAAAUAGCAACUGACUCAACUGGCAAAGGAAUGUUUAACUUAUUUUGUGAUAUUUGUGAAACAUAUGGCUUGGACUGGAAAAAUCAAUUAUGUGCUCAAUCGUACGAUGGUGCUGCUGUUAUGCAGGGACCAUACUCAGGACUUAGAACGUUAGUUCAAGAGCACAAUCCUCGAGCAGUAUAUAUAUGGUGCUUUGCUCAUACUCUGAAUUUAACAAUUGUUGACACGUGUGAUUCUUGUACAGAAACUCGAAACUUUUUUGGUUAUAUUCAAUCAUUAAAAGAGUUUAUGGCAGCACGUAAAAGAACAGCAUUAUUCAUGGAACACCAAAAAACAUUAUACCCACAUGAGCGUGCUCGUCGAAUGAAAAACUUUUCUACCACUCGAUGGACAUCACAUCAUAGGGUUAUAGAAGUGGUUUUUGAAAAGUACAAAGCCAUUUUGAAUACAUUAGAAGACCUCUCAAAUAUAACCGACCGAUCAACAGGCUCAUUAGCAACCACUUUACUAAAAAAUAUUACAUCUUUCUCAUUUGUAUCGAUAAUGUUUUUAACAAAAACAAUUUUUGACAUUACAACCCCAUUAUCUAAAUAUCUCCAAUCUCCAGCGAUUGAUUUUAUGCAAGCCUUAGUUAUGGUUGAUUAUGUAAAACAGCAACUAACAGAGUUACGAACGACUGAAGGAGCACAUGAAGUAUUACAAAAUGCUAAACAAUUUGCAAUCGAUAAUGAACUUGACGAAACACAACUUCCUGAAAUUAGACUUAGAAAACGAAAAAGAAUGUUUGAUGAAAUCUCUGAAGAUGAAAUAAUUUCAAAUCCAGUAGAUAAUUUCAAAUCUAAAGUAUAUUUUCUGGUCAUUGAUAAAAUAAUAAUGUCAAUAACAACACGAUUUGAAAAAUCAAAAGAUAUUCUUAAAGACUUGACUUUUUUAACACAUGAUAGAUUAAUGAGUGUCAAUCAAGGAAAACCAUGUCCUGAUGAUAUGUUUAAUUCUUUGAAAAUAUGGAUUCCUCAGAUUGACCAAGAUGCACUUCGCAUUGAGUAUACUGUAUUUUCUAAAAGUUUUUUAGAAUUUCAAUCUCAAAUUAACCCAGAAAAAGUUCACGAUUACACUGAUAUUAAUUUUUCUGACGAUAAUGAACAUGAAAAUGAAUCUGAUGAAAUUCAUGAAAAUGAAGCUCAAGACACCAACAUAAACCGUUCUAAGAAAACAACACCACUCCAAUUGCUUCAACUACUUAAUUCAUUUGACUUAAUUACAGCUUUCCCGAAUUUAUACCUUGUAUACAAACAUUUGUGUACCAUUCCAACAACUUCCGUUUCUUGUGAACGGUCAUUUUCCAAGCUCAAACUUAUUAAAACUAGACUCCGGUCAACAAUGGCACAAAGUAGAUUAGAAAGUCUUAUUUUGAUAUCAUGUGAAAAAGAUUUGACAAAUUCUAUUAACAUUGAUGAAGCGAUAAAUAAGUUAGCAUUAACAAGUGAUGUAAUGAAGAAGUCAUUACUUUUUAAAUAA